GCGUUCGUGCGUGCCAUACAGCGCGCCGUCCCCGAUCUCUCCCCCCACACCCCGGCGGACGCCGCAGAUCUGAGGGUCAUCGGCAGCCAUGAUCUCCAGCAAGCUCAAGUCCGUCGACUUCUACAGGAAAAUCCCUAGGGAUUUGACCGAGGCAUCAUUAUCUGGUGCUGGAUUAUCCAUUGUAGCAGCACUAACUAUGAUGUUUUUGUUUGGAAUGGAAUUGAGCAGUUACCUAGCAGUUAAUACUACAACAUCUGUGAUCGUUGAUAGGAGUUCAGAUGGGGAGUUUUUACGGAUAGAUUUCAAUAUAAGGUAAGCCCUAUUGCCUGUCUCAAGUGUUGUUCAGUUUGGUGUUUAGAUAUAUCAAUAUUGAUAUGUGCCCGUAUGGAUGCGUAUCUGCAUAUGUACACAGUACACUGCUGCCUUUUCUCUUUCGGUCAGGAUUUACAAUUUAUAGAAUCUGUGAUUUCCUGACUUAUGCCAACUAUGCUGAUACUAAUUAUUUUAUAAUAUGAUAUCUAUUGGACAAACUAGCACUUUGGGCAACUGCAACUAGUAGGGAGGGUUCUUGUUCGUUUGCAACAUUGUAUGGUUUAAUUUGUCUUGCUGGUCAUUUGAGCUCUGGAAUGGUUUUAGGGAAUCUAGCGCUGUUUGUUUUUCUUGAAGAUGCCAGAUCGUGUGCCAUUUAUUACUAUAUUACUAUUUUAUUCUGUUGUUAACAUUUUCUUUAUUUUUUUCUUUCUCCUUAGUUCAUGUGGCUCCCAUUGGGUUUCAUCUGUAGCAUACACUAAAUUACAUGGAAUGACAGGCUUUGGUGUUUGUUUGGAAUUAGGGAUGAUUUCAGAAACUCUUGGCUACAAACCUUAAUUAUUGUUCCCUCAAUGUUCACUGAUUGCUAUUGUCUUUUACAGCUUUCCUGCACUUUCAUGUGAAUUUGCAUCAGUUGAUGUCAGCGAUGUGCUGGGAACAAUUGAACAUAACGAAAACUGUUCGCAAAUAUUCGAUUGAUCGGAAUUUAGUACCAACUGGAUCAGAAUUCCACCCUGGGCCUAUUCCCACUGUCAGUAAGCAUGGAGAUGAUAUAGAAGAGGAUCAUGUCGAUGGUUCAGUUUCCUUGUCAUCUCGCAAUUUUGAUAGCUAUUCACACCAAUAUCCUGUUUUGGUUGUCAACUUUUAUGCCCCAUGGUGUUACUGGAGCAAUCGACUGAAACCUUCGUGGGAGAAGACUGCGCAAAUAAUAAGGGAGAGAUAUGACCCUGAAAUGGAUGGUAGAAUCCUUCUGGGCAAGGUUGACUGCACUGAGGAAAUUGACUUGUGUAGGAGGCACCACAUACAAGGAUACCCAUCCAUUCGUGUUUUCCGUAAAGGGUCUGAUAUCAAGGAAAAUCAGGGUCAUCAUGAUCAUGAAUCGUACUAUGGGGAGCGUGAUACAGAGAGUUUAGUCGCGGCAAUGGAAACUUACGUUGCAAACAUUCCGAAAGAGGCUCACGUGCUUGCUUUGGAAGACAAAUCCAAUAAGACUGUUGAUCCUGCCAAGCGCCCUGCUCCAAUGACCAGUGGAUGCAGAAUAGAAGGUUUUGUGCGAGUCAAAAGGGUUCCAGGGAGUGUCGUUAUAUCAGCUCGAUCUGGAUCACACUCAUUUGAUCCAUCCCAGAUAAAUGUUUCACACUAUGUGAAUCAGUUCUCAUUUGGCAAAAAACUUUCGCCAAGGAUGUUUCAUGAAUUCUUAAGACUAACUCCCUAUCUUCGUGGAUACCAUGAUAGAUUAGCUGGCCAGUCUUACAUUGUUAAGCAGGGUGAGGUUAACGCCAAUGUUACUAUUGAGCAUUACCUACAAGUUGUGAAGACUGAGCUUGUAACACUGAGGUCCUCAAAGGAACUGAAAGUGCUCGAGGAAUACGAAUACACAGCACACAGCAGCUUGGUGCACAGCUUCUACGUUCCUGUUGUGAAAUUUCAUUUUGAGCCUUCUCCCAUGCAGGUCUUGGUAACUGAAGUUCCGAGAUCCUUCUCUCAUUUCAUCACAAAUGUAUGUGCUAUUAUCGGUGGCGUCUUCACGGUUGCUGGAAUACUGGAUUCCAUCUUCCACAAUACGCUAAGGAUGGUGAAGAAGGUUGAGCUAGGAAAGAACAUUUAAAUUCCGGUGCCGCUACAAGCUUCAGCGGAUGUGCUAGGUAGCCAUUAUUUUGUUAAACUUAAAAGAGGGGAAACGUGGGGUAGGCAGAGUUGGAACUAGGGGUCGUGGACUUGAUAGUUGAUACUAGGGACAUCGGUGUUUUGCUACAUCACUUACAAAUAAGAAAGUGGAUCCUUGUGGGUGAACCCUGUGCUAAUUGAGCAAGGUAAUCUGCU